AUGACUGAAGUCGGCGAUGCUUGGGGAAAAGGCUUGGAAGUGAUGUCAGGUUCUAGUGAGGAGGUGCCCAAUGUUUCGUAUGAAGAGAAGACUAGGAGAGAUUACUACAUCGAUUCUUACGCACUUUUUAGUAUACAUUGGAAAACGCAGAAAGCCGAAAUUCGUAGUCUGACUUACAAAAACGUAGUGUGUUACAGCAGACACCUGGUCGGGAACAAUGUUGUGCUCAGCGUUGGUAGAUACACCGGGAUCUUCACUGGGAUCUUCACCGGUAAGGCUGGUGCCAACGUGAUAACGAGACAGAAUUUUCGAAAAUAG